CUUCCCCUACUUCCUUCUUUGCGGCUAGUCACAAGUUCUGAUUAGUAUAGUCUGUGAUGAAUCGUCGAUUAGUUUGAUCAAAAUUUGGAGAAAGUUAUUCUGAUGCCAAAGGAAGCUAUCGGGUCAAAAUAGAAGACGCGGACUGAUUGGUUGUUUAAACAAUUGAAGCAUGGAUCCAUUUCAAAGUGAAAUAUCUAAAAUAGAGGAACCAUCUGUUUUUUGUCCUACGGAAAAUUUAAAUAGUUUGAGUGAUUGUUUAAUAUCAUCCAAGUUGGAAGAUUAUCUUACUGAUAAUGGUGGUAAUGAUUCUCAGGAGGAAACAGAACCUAUGUCCUUUGUAGUGUUAGGAAAAGAUUCGUUGGAUGCUAUUCAAGCUUCUUCAUUGGCUUCAUACGUUGACAUUCAACAGAAAAGCAUGUCGGUUGAUUAUAAUAGCAUGAUAUCGUCAUUGGCAACAAGUGAGGUACAUAAAAAACUAGUAGAUUUCUUGAAAGAAAACACAGAAUUGAAGGAGACUCUAAAGCAAAAUAGUUCAGCCAUGAAAAAGCAAUUUACCGUCCUGAAUACGUGGCAUAACAAGCUGGUGAAUUUGCAAGCAACCCAUAAUAAAAAGUUCAAAGAAACUACCAGCUUAAUCAAUAAUCUUAAAAAGGAGAAUUUGGAGCUAAAAACUAAACUUGCUAUGCAACAGACUCAAGACUUGGAAACUAACUGGAUAAACUUGGAGGCGAUUGUCACAGCUAAUCGGGGCAACAAUACAACUUCUACUGAUAAAAAAUUUAUAAUAUUAUCUCAAGCUGAAGCUUCUGCAUUAUUCCCUCGUGAACAGGAAAAAUAUGCAUCGCUUAAUGAUCUGAAAUCUGGACUUUCUAUGCAGCAGAGUGAGAUAAAACACAACUCUGAGACAAUUGAUACAGCUUCUAGUUUUGGUAGUAACAAUACUUCCGCUUAUGAAGUAGUAACUCAGAUUGAAGCGUCUGCAUCGUGUGCACCUGAAGAGAAAGAAUAUGCUCUGCCUGAUAAGCAGCAUAUUAGUCAGCGUUCUUGCCAGGAUUUAAAGAAGGAAGCUGAUUGUCAUGUAAAUAUGUGUAAUUUCCAGAAAUUAGAUAAUACUUAUACCAAACAAAAAAUAAUGGAACAAAAGUCACUAUUGGGAAACGAUGAGAGACAAAUACCACGUGAAUACGAUACAAGUAAUGAAAAUUCUUUCGUAAAAUUUGAAGAGUCUAAUCCAACAAUCGACCAUAUAAAUAAGCUGAUUUAUUCUAUUGACAAGUGUGAUAUGGAUCCAGCCUGUUGGAAUGAUGGGGAAUACGAAAAUAACAGGAUGCGUUAUAACAAUGUGAUGCGCGAACUGGUGAAAAACUUCAUGGAAGUGAUUAAUCGAUGUAGAGUCCUCACAUAUUGCUUACGUAAUAUUGUGACGAUAUUCGCGCCACUGGAAAGAGAUAUUGAUGAAGGGACGUUCGGAAGCAAUUUGGAGUUAUUGAAGAAAAAGUUUGUAGAAUACCGAACCGAGGCGUCCAUCUACAGUCGAUUAACAUGUCCGGAUAAUAAUAUCAAUGAUCUAACUCUUACAUUUUGUGACGCUUUAAAAAAUGUGCAAGAUCACGUUUAUAAUGUAUUUAUGGAUUACCGGGAGACCCUUCAUAUGGUGUACUUAAUGAUAGACGAGAGUUUGAAAAUGACGGAUGAAUCCGCUGACGAAAACUCUCAGGAUAAUCCGCAAGAGCAAGCCGAAGUGCGACAAAAAUUAAGAAUAUUGGCUACUCAGCAUGACAAAAUGCAAAAGGAGAAAGAAGAACUUGAGAAGCAGAAACGCGAACUGGACACUCUAAGUAAUUCAAUAGAGAACGAGAAGAAACGUGUGCAGGAAAUAUUCAUGUUACGCGAUCAACUAAUACGACGCAAGAAUUUAUAUGAUGGUAAGUUGCGGGCUCUGCUGGACGAAAAACGAACAUUGAUACGAGACCAGAAGAUGGAUGUGACUGAUCUGCUUGAGAAGUACAAACGAAAGGAUAUGGAAUGUGCAAAGUUACAACAUCAGUUAGACCAAAGCACUUCAGAGAUCGGUUUAUAUAAAAAUCAGUUGACCGUGUAUGAGGAAGACUUCAGACAAGAGAAAAAAGUGAAGGAGUUAUUGCUGGAGGAGAAAAGCAAGUUGGACGAGGAAUUAGGGAAGCAAGUGAAUUACAACAAGAAACUGCUCGAUAGAUUGUCAUCCUCCAACAUUCACGUUGCGCCGGAGCUUGCUUCUCAGUAUUCACCCUAUCGCUACUGUGGAUUGUGUCGGCAAUAUACGUCUUCGUUUCGCUUCCACGGAAUUGGAAAGUGCAUGCCGCCGAUAGACUGAGUUUGGGAGGAAACGAGGAUUCACAUUCGGAGAUGCGGGACACCGCGUGAUAAGUUUAUCAGCAACUAAAAAUCAUGUUAUCAAAAGUAAAAUAACUUGGUCACACUUAAAUGCUUCAAUUCUUAAGUCAAUUUGAGGUUUAAUCUUUAUACACUCUUUUUUUUUUAUCAAUGUCAGAUUUUAACCAUUGUACCUAGAAUCUAAUUAAGUUAAUUUAUUAAUUUAAAAGGUGGAUUCUUUUUUCAUCUAUGUCUUUACUAAUACUUAUCCAGAGGAAUGUGAAAGUGACGUGGGAAAUAUUUUACCGAAUAAUUUAAGGUUUUGUCUUUUCGAAGUACUAGUAGUAGUAGUUAUUAUUAAAUCGAGUGGAUCUGACACAGAUUCUAAAGAUACUCGGAGCGAAUGCUUCUUUGUGUCUACUCGUUGGUUUAACAUCGUUAGAGUUAAUUUUAGUUUAGCGGUCUUCACCGGACAGAACAAAACACGACCUCAUUUUCGUUAGAUUUCUGGGCUUCAGAAAAAGAUAGCUAGAGUAUGUUUUGCAUUAGUUUUACUUGGGUUUUUCAAUUCGAAAUAUUUACUUAAUAACCUUAUGUUAGUCCGUUUAAAUUUGUGUUAAGUGUUGUUUACCUUAAUAUUUUCUUAUCUAAUCUUUGACAAAAUUAAUACGUAAGAGAAUAUAUAAAGUAAUAUUCAAUAUAUUCAAUAAUUAGAGAGUGCCAUAUUGUACUUGGUAUUAAUUGCAAGUAGAUAAACGUUUUAUUUACCAAUACUAGAUCCAUAUUGUUUUUAGCAAGGGAUAGUUCUCAAGUUUUAUCGAAAGUUGUGUAAUAUUAUAGUGCGCUUUGACCUUUAGUUCAGUUUUACGUUAUCCGCGUUAUCCAUAGUUUUACAUAUCGCGCAGUACCUGUACAGCUAUUCUUUCACAAUGUAUAGCAGUAUUAAUAAAUAAAUUAUUUUCAUAGGAGACA